CGGCGGCCAUCUUGGUUGUGGGCAGUCGGCCGAGAGGUUGCGCCUGUUCCGAGGCCUGUUCUCUGGUGGUCGCGUUGCGUCGUUGAGGCUAGAGGCUGGAGGGGCGUCGGCGGCCGAGAUGACCCAGGCCGAGAAGGGGGACACGGAGAAUGGGAAAGAGAAGAGCGGGGAGAAGGAGAAGGAGCAGCGCGGCGUGAAGCGACCCAUCGUGCCCGCGCUAGUGCCGGAGUCGCUGCAGGAGCAAAUCCAGAGCAACUUCAUCGUUGUCAUACAUCCAGGUUCAACAACUCUGAGAAUCGGUCGAGCCACAGACACACUUCCUGCCAGCAUUCCUCAUGUUAUUGCACGAAGACACAAACAACAAGGGCAGCCCCUGUACAAAGACAACUGGCUCCUAAGGGAGGGACUAAAUAAACCUGAAAGUAAUGAACAAAGACAAAAUGGCCUUAAAAUGGUGGAUCAAGCAAUAUGGUCUAAAAAGAUGUCAAAUGGUACAAGACGGAUUCCUGUGUCCCCUGAGCAGGCACGUUCCUACAACAAGCAGAUGCGACCUGCGAUUUUAGAUCAUUGCUCCGGAAAUAAGUGGACAAACACAUCUCAUCACCCUGAGUUUUUGGUAGGAGAAGAGGCCCUGUAUGUUAAUCCUCUGGACUGUUACAAUAUUCACUGGCCUAUCAGAAGAGGUCAGUUAAAUAUUCACCCAGGACCUGGGGGCUCCCUUACAGCUGUUCUGGCAGAUAUUGAAGUAAUAUGGUCUCAUGCGAUACAAAAAUACUUGGAAAUCCCACUGAAAGAUUUAAAGUAUUAUAGAUGUAUCUUGUUAAUUCCUGAUAUCUAUAAUAAACAGCAUGUGAAAGAAUUAGUGAAUAUGAUCCUAAUGAAGAUGGGGUUUUCAGGGAUCGUGGUCCAUCAGGAGUCUGUGUGCGCCACCUAUGGCAGUGGUUUAAGCAGCACGUGUAUUGUAGAUGUUGGAGACCAAAAGACAAGCGUGUGCUGUGUGGAGGAUGGGGUCUCUCAUCGGAACACUCGGCUCUGUCUGGCAUAUGGUGGAUCUGAUGUGUCAAGAUGUUUUUACUGGCUGAUGCAGCGAGCUGGGUUCCCUUACAGAGAAUGCCAGUUAACAAAUAAAAUGGAUUGCCUUCUUCUGCAGCACCUUAAAGAAACUUUUUGUCAUUUAGAUCAGGACAUCUCUGGGCUUCAGGACCAUGAGUUUCAGAUUCGACAUCCAGAUUCCCCUGCCCUUCUUUACCAGUUUCGAUUAGGAGAUGAAAAACUCCAGGCUCCGAUGGCUUUGUUUUAUCCAGCAACUUUUGGAAUCGUUGGACAGAAAAUGACAACUUUGCAGCACAGGUCCCAGGGUGACCCUGAGGAUCCUCAUGAUGAACAUUACCUGCUGGCCACACAAAGCAAGCAAGAACAGUCUGCAAAAGCUACUGCUGACCGAAAGUCUGCAUCCAAACCCAUUGGAUUUGAGGGGGAUCUUCGUGGCCAGUCCUCUGAUCUUCCAGAAAGACUGCAUUCCCAGGAGGUGGACUUGGGAUCCUCCCAGGGAGACUGCUUGAUGGCUGGCAAUGAUUCUGAGGAAGCUCUCACUGCACUGAUGUCCCGGAAGACUGCCAUCUCGCUGUUUGAAGGGAAAGCCCUGGGCCUGGAUAAAGCCAUCCUCCAUAGCAUAGACUGUUGUUCGUCUGAUGAAGCCAAAAAGAAGAUGUACAGCUCCAUCCUGGUGGUGGGAGGUGGUUUGAUGUUUCAUAAAGCUCAAGAAUUUCUGCAGCACAGAAUUCUCAAUAAGAUGCCACCUUCAUUCAGGCGAAUUAUUGAAAAUGUGGAUGUGAUCACAAGGCCCAAGGACAUGGAUCCCCGGCUGAUUGCAUGGAAAGGAGGGGCAGUGUUGGCUUGUUUAGAUACGACACAGGAGCUGUGGAUUUAUCAGAGAGAAUGGCAGCGCUUUGGUGUUCGCAUGCUACGAGAGCGAGCUGCUUUUGUGUGGUGAAAUGGACAGAAAAGCCACUGUUGAAGACCAACACAUAACCUUGUGGUAUAAGACUCUUAUAGAACAUUUAUAUUCUAAUUUAUUGACCUAGGUGCUUAAGUUUCAUGAAAUAAAUGAAUUUUAACUUUUA